AUGGCAUCAUCAAAGCAACACGGCAACAGCUCUGGGAGAGCCCCAGGCGUCGCGGAGACAUUCUUUGGUAAUUCACACGGUCAGCGUGUCAACACUGACGCACUCAUCCUCGAAACCAUCGAGAACAAGCACCCAGGAAUUCCCGUUACCAUUGUCCCACAGUUCAAUACAAACCUCAGAGGAUACGCCGGGGCUGGUCUGGCUUCCAUCCAUGCGAUUGAAUCCACAGCCAGUGCCAAAGUUGCCCCCAAGGACUUGAAGUGGACGGUAUUCAUCCCACCAGCCAGACGCCUCGAUGGAGGUGCCGGUUUUGUAGCCGAGGAGACCUUUUUCGAGAGCUACAUGUACAAAUGGAAUGGAUUUGAGUUUCUUGUCUACUUCGUUGACGGACGUGAUGGCUCCGGGCCCUACCCCACUGUUCAGAAUCAAUAUGUUCUAGGCGACAAGGCAGCGGUGCUCACGCUAGUUGAGACGGUUGGCCGGUGGCAGUCCCAGCUUCACGACGAGAUCUGGGUCUUCAAUCAGGGUUUCUGGGACAAGGAUCCCUUUUUGUACCAGAGCAUUUUGAAGUCGGAGUGGAGGGAUGUCAUCCUAGACAAGAGCAUGAAAGAAGAUCUGGUCGAUACGGUCGAGCGAUUCUAUGAUUCUCAAGAUCAGUAUGAACGCCUCCGUGUGCCAUGGAAGCGAGGCAUCAUCUUUCAUGGCCCGCCAGGGAACGGAAAGACUAUAUCUAUCAAGGCUACCAUGCACACACUGUACAAGCGAUCGCCUCCAAUCCCGACACUGUACGUGAAGACACUGGUCAGCUUCAUGCCACCAGAGUACAGCAUUGAGAGCGUGUUUCGCAAAGCCCGACAGGAAGCACCCUGUUAUUUAGUGUUCGAAGAUCUCGACAGUCUCGUCACCGACGAGGUCCGCAGUUUUUUCCUCAAUGCGAUCGACGGACUGGCCGAGAACAACGGCAUUCUCAUGGUCGGCAGCACGAAUCACUUGGAGCGUUUGGACCCAGGAAUCUCGAAGCGCCCCUCGAGGUUUGACAGGAAGUACCUUUUCUCGAAUCCGAAUCUCGAGCAACGCGUCAAAUACUGCCACUACUGGCAAACCAAAUUGAAGGACAGCAAGGAGAUCGAAUUCCCUGAUGAGAUUUGCGAUGCCGCCGCGAAGAUCACAGAUGGGUUCUCCUUCGCUUACAUCCAGGAAGCGUUUGUCACAGCACUCCUUGAUAUCGCUAGGUCGUCUGACCAAGACCGAGCAUCAGCUGUGGAUGCCGUCGAGGAAAUGCGCCAGGAAUGGGACCUGCUCGAUAUCGAGGACAGUACACCCGUCAAGAGUGUUGAGAAGGACCACAGGGACUUGGAUGACUACAUUCUCUGGAGGAAAUUAAAGUAUGAAGUCGAACAACUGCGGAAACAGAUUGGCGAUGGGAAGGAGGAAGAAUGA